AUGCAUACAGCAGCUCAUACAACGCAAAAACAACAACACCAAGAACCAAAACUGCAGCACAAAACACAAAUGCAGCGACCGCAGCAACUGCAGCAGAAACAAAAUGACACACGCAAAACAACGCAAAAGCAACAACAUCAAAAACUUGAAUCCGACAAAGAGACGAUUCAACUGUCCUCCGAUGGUGAACAAACUACAGUUGCAGCUGCUGCACCUGCAACACCAGCAACAGCUGCAACCAGCAGUGCAUCUAGCAACAUUUACGCGCUCAACAGCGGCAGUAACGCGGUGUACGAGCAGAGGAAUCGCAGUUGCGCUCGCAGUCGCAGUCGCAGCCACAGUGGUAGCAGCAGCAGUCUGUCGUCGACACUUUCUUCAUCUUAUCGUUCGUUAGAUUAUGAGGCGGAAGCAGACGAGGAGGAUGCCAAUGAGUGUGAGGGUGUGGAGUUGCAACGCAAACUGGCUGGCGGCAAUGAUAAUUUGAUGCAUGUACAGAAUUUUCUCAAUUGUUUCGAUACACAAGAGCGGCGCAGACAAAAGUCGUCAGCAAUAUGUUGCGCCACACAACCACAACAACAAGAAAUGUUGCGACAAUUAGAUGAAAAAGUACAGCGCAUGGGGAAGCAUCUGCCGGUAGGUGAAACAAAUCUAAGUCGUAUCUCAAGUUGUGUUGAGAAUGAAUUUGCGACACGUGAUCAGGUUGCAGUAACUAUCUUUCCAACCACAACAGCAGUAGCACCUGUAGCAAUCGCCACUGCUGCAACAAUGUCAACAACAACAGUAACAACAAAUGCAAUCGCUGCAAAGUCUCCAAGCAAACCGGGUAAAUUUACGAUUUCAACAAAAUUUUUACGCAAGCCGCGUCACAAGCUGAAAUCAGUCAAUUUAGCACCGACUAUGGGCAUGAGUAAGACAUUGGCGGCAACAACAAUAGAUAGUGAGGAAAUGGUAGCAUUACAUGAACGACAAAAAGUGCUACAGCAACGAGGAAAUGAGCAUGUUUCACAACAGCAACAACAUCAUCGUCAACCAAUACCAGUCGAUGAACCGAAUGUUAAUGUGAAUGUGAAAUUCAAUUCGAAUUUCUCCAUCAACUCACUCUUAAAUAAAAGAUAAGCACGAAACGAAAUUAAUUAACGAAGUAUUUUCCUAAAUACCCCAUGUAUGUAUGUAUUGGUGUUUGGCCAUAAAAAUUUGUACAUAUACUAUGCUAAUAAUGAUAGAAACUGCACUUUGCUUUCGGUGAGGACCAUAUUUCAUGCAUAUUUUAUUUCAUACACGAAAAAUGUGAUUUUGUAUUUUACAUAUAAAAAUAAAUUGUCUACUGACUUUAUUGGCCCUAACCACUAUUGUCAAUUCAAAAAUUUAUGUAUCUAUAUAGUUAAUGCUACAACAAAAUAAUGCAAAGUUUCAAAUUUUUUUUUAAUUUCCUCAAGACUAUCAACUUUCUAACCAGAAUUUUUAGAAUUUUUCUGCGUAUGCAGUUGUACAGUCCAUUGCAUUUUAAUGCAGUAAAUGCGAGCCUGUACUCUGUAUGGGAGAAAAAGCGUGUCAUCUCAGUGAAUAAUUUUAAUAAUUAACGGUAUUUUGUAGUCACUUGAAACUAACAUUUUUUAUACUAAAAUUGAAUGGGUUACAAAAAUGCUUGCCCAUGCAUCCGCCUGUCGAUGGAUCAGUGUACACCCUCGCUUAGUCCAGGCGGAACAUUCUCCACUCACAUUCCAUCAAGGGAGGAGUGGACGGGGGUCUACACUUGGAGACAGCGUCUAGUGAACCAGUUCACAGAUGGAUCGAAGUUGGAAGAAAAAGUUGGCGAAGGAGUAUUCUGCGAGAAGCUCCCCAUCAGACUCAAAUUCAGUUUACCGAACCACUGCAGUGUGUUCCAAGCAGAGGUAGCCGCAAUUAAAGAAGCAGCUGACUGGCUACUUUCUUGCGUAAUAACUGCUAAGAAGGUAAAUAUUUACUCCGAUAGCCAAGCGGCAAUUAGGACUCUAGGCUCUAUUAUGGUGCAUUCGAAACUGGCCAGGGAAUGCAUGGCUUCACUUUCGAUUGCAUCCGAAUUCUUUGACAUAAGGCUCAGCUGGGUUCCUGGUCACAGCGACCAUUGCAGGAAACUGUGAGACGGAUGAGCUGGUCAGACAAGCGGUGUGUGGGUGAUUUUCCCGCGAAGGGAGCGGAUUGGGAUACCCUUGUAUACCUGUGGACUGCUUCUAGAAAGAUGAGCUUCGUGCCAACUCAGCGAGUGCUGGGCGACUUAUAAAGUCGUGAAAUUCUUCUGACCACGGAUGGAUCGUAGGCGCUCGAGCGAACUUCAGUUCUCAAAUUUUGUGGGUGUCCUCACAGCACACUUUCCGCGAGGUAUGCAUGCUAUGAGACUUGGAACUACUUCGCGUCCUUUCUGCGUCAGCUAUAUGAAAUAUGAGGUGGAAUCAUCUCAGCAACUUCUUCUUAGAUGCCCCACUCUUGCGGGACUAAGAUUAAAGCAUCUUGGCUCUCACAUCUUUGCUACGCCUGCUGAUAUAGCAGGCCUUGAUAUGAAAAAUCUGAAGAACUUCAUCAGCAGCAUAAAGCGGUUAACGCAAUCGCGUUACUAAACACAUCCUCCUAACCCUCAAAUAAAUAAAAACAAAUGAAAAAUGCUACCUUUGAUCAAACCAAAUUGUAUACCAGCAAAUGGCACAAGCUUUAGCCAAACGCGGCUUUCUUCUUUCCCCGCAAAAACCUAGAAAACGCUACUUACGGAUAUUUAUUUGCAUGCAUUCGAGGAUAAAAAUUAUAUAGAUAACAAAUUUGAAGUAAUGCAGCCAUUCGACUAUACAAAUUGUGACACAGUAAACAUUUUGUGGGGUUCUCACACUAUAUAUAUAUAGAAAGUGCUCCAAAAUAAAUAAAAUUUUUUUUUAAGUCUAAACUCACAAAUUUCUUUUAAAAAUUAAUAGCAAAUGUAUUUCUGAGUAGAUGAUUGAUGAUGAAGACUAUUUAGUCAAAACGCCGAGUCAGAGGCAUGUAUGAUAAAGUAAUAUAAAAGUGGAUAUUAAUUUUUUUUGUUUUUGUUUUUGUUUUUGUUUUAUAAUGAAUUAUGCAUUCAAGUAUUAUAAAUGAUGUGAAAACCCACCAAGUUCACCGAUUGCAAACAAUAAAUAUCCAAUUGGCUUAAAAUACCUGUUAACGCCUUCAAAUUUAUAGUUAAAAACCGGAAAUAAAAGUUUUCGAAAUGCGUUCCACAGUUGCCAAUUGUCAAAAAACAAAAUUUUGUAUGCAACUAUGAAAUCUAAUUAAUAAAAAUAAGACAUCAAGUGAGCUUUGCUAACCAGGAUUUUAGUAAAAGAACUUUUUUAUCAAAAAAGCAGAUCAGUCAACAAGAAAUAUCUAUGUAACUUAAAUUUUUAGCAAGCCAACAAAAUUGUUUAUUAUAGUGUAUCAUAUAAUCAACGAAGAAUAUCGCUAACAGUGCUAAGUUAGUAUUUCACCUCAACGAUUAUGCAAAAGGAAAAUACAAUUUUUUUGCAUAGUUUAUUAUUUUUUAUACAUUUAGUUUACUUAAAAGAUCAACGACAACAUCGUACUUUAAGAAAUUGAAUUACUUAGUGCUGUAUACCUAGAAGUACUCAUUAGUAAUAAAACAUAUACAUAUAUAUAUAUACAUAUGCAUACAUACAUACAUACAUACAUACAUAUACCCCAAUAAGGCACAAUCUUGUGUACAUAAAUAUGUGCAUUGUACGCAUAAACCCUUAUCAUAGGGAUUUACAUAAAUAGACCCAUUGUAAAUAUAGUUUAUAGCAUAACAAGUAAUAAAUAUAGAAAUUACAAGAAGAAAUAUAAUAAAAUUACGAAAAAUGAAUUGUGCUAAAAAAACGAAAAAUUAAUAAACAAACAACUGCUAAA